AUGCCAAGAUGUAUAUUUGGCAAUAAAUUUGAUAAACAUGUAUUAAAUAGAAUAUAUGAAACAGAUUACCUAACAAAUAUAACACAACUGAGUCUAAUUGACUGUUCUUUGUCAAAAGUGGAUCUUUCUGCAGAAAUUCUACCACAGUUAGAAAGUUUGGAUCUAAGUAAAAAUCAAAUAACUUAUUUAUGUGGUCUCCAUUCCUUUAAGUAUUUGCAUACAUUAUGUUUAAGUUACAAUUGCCUGGAAGCCUUUAAUGGAAAUGAUUGUGACAAAAAUAAUUGUAUAUUUCCAAAACUAUACACUUUAUUUUUAGAUCAUAAUUGCAUUAAGACAGUAAUAAAUAUUAGUAAAGAACAAUUACCCGUGAUAAAACAUCUAUUUUUAAAUAAUAAUUACCUUCAAGGUACCAAUGAAAUAACUUAUUGUUCUACUUUGGAAUCUCUAACUUUGGAUUAUAAUGCAAUUGAAUUAUUAAAUGUAGAAGAUUUUAUCGAAAAUGAUAAUCUAGAGUUUUUAUCUGAUGAAGCUGAAAUGCAAUAUUUAUUAUUAUUGAAAAAUUUAGAAGAAAUAACAUUUGAAGGGAAUCCUUUAUAUAAUGAAAUAAAUAAAAAUAAAAUGAUUGCUCAAGACUUCGCAAUUCAAGAUGCAAAAAUUGAGGAAAUUUAA